AUGUCCCACCAACAAGAUAAGUUAUGGACGGAGGAGGAGAGGAAAGCAGGAAUCUCCUCGGCAUACCUCUUUAGUAUUAUCCGGGAGAAUCGUAUUGCCCCGAGUUGGAUGGAGAUUCCACUCCCGCCGGGUAAAACCCCCUUCAAUUUAAUUCCCCCUCUAAGUGGGCGGUCGCUCAGCUCUUGCCAAACAGCGUUCUAUCGUAUGGAACAGGAAUAUGCGAGUCAAUACAGACAGAGCCUUCCCGGACCGACCGCCCCUCUACAGAUGUCCCCGUUAAUUAGAAAGCGGUCGGCGCCAUCUGGAGAAAGACCUCUGGCCUCUGCUCCUCGCGCCAUCCAGCCAAAACCGCAAACUGAUACUGGACGAUAUUCACUAUCCGAGAUACGAACUGGAGUGCCAAUUCCUCGUGCCCCUGAACCUCCCCGUGGGGACACUCCGCGCAAACGUGGACGACCGAGCAAAGUAGAAAUGCAGCGACGUAGGAUAGCAGAAGAAGCCCGGUCCCAGUCUCACCCUGCUCGACCAAACAAUACAACUCCAAGGCCUGCUUAUGGUGGAAUUCUACCGGCAACAUCCCCGGGUGUACCGCAACAUUCAUAUUCCCCCACAAUAGGCCAGCGACCACCUGAGCAAAUGCGCGAACCGGAUCCCCCAACCCCAAUGAGCGUGCAGUAUCAUGGGACUGAAACCCCUCCAUCACAGACACAGGACAUACAAGUUCAAAGAGGCCCUCAGCCGCAACAACCACUACUACCGCGAAUAGAAGGCAGCGCGUUCCUCCAGGAGUCACCAAUGAUUGUAGAAUCAAAAGAGCCUAGCCGGCCAGCUCCUGAACCUCUUAUGUCCCCAGCAGAAAUUCCAGCAGGCGGCAAAGGCCAGCGGCCAGAAAGUCCAGCGGCCGCAGCGGCUACAGCUUCAGCAAGGCCAGAAUCUCCUGUUAGCCGGGAACGAGCUUCGCCAGAGCAAGCCGUUGCGAGCCCAGAGGAAGAACAGGGCUCAUAG